CCACCACUGACGAACACCUCAACCUCGCCGAGCUCCUCAACGACCACACCACCUCGCCUCCCCCCCAACCUCACUGCACACAGUUCUCGGCCUGCGCCUUGCACUGUCGCAACUAUGGCCAACCCGCCCCCCAUUGUCCUCGACGGCGGCACCGGCUUCCUCAAGGUCGGAUAUGCCGCGCAGAACUUCCCCGAGCACCAGUACCCGUCCAUCGUCGGCCGGCCGAUCCUGCGAUCUGAGGAGCAGACGGACAGCGAUGUGGUCAUCAAGGACAUCAUGUGCGGUGACGAGGCCGCCGCCGCCCGAACCAUGCUCCAGAUCAGCUACCCCAUGGAGAACGGCAUCGUCAAAAACUGGGACGACAUGGAGCACCUCUGGGACUACACCUUCUUCGAGAAGCUCAAGGUCAACCCGCAGGGCCAGAAGAUUCUCCUGACCGAGCCGCCGAUGAACCCGCUCAGGAACCGGGAGAAGAUGUGCGAGGUCAUGUUCGACCGGUACGAAUUCGGCGGCGUCUACGUUGCGAUCCAGGCCGUCCUGGCCUUGUAUGCGCAGGGUCUCAGCUCCGGUGUCGUGGUCGACUCCGGUGAUGGUGUCACCCAUAUUGUCCCCGUCUACGAGUCCGUGGUCCUCAACCACCUUACCAAGCGAUUAGACGUGGCUGGCCGCGAUGUGACACGCAACCUGAUUAAGCUGCUCCUCCGCCGCGGAUACGCCCUGAACCGAACCGCCGAUUUCGAGACAGUCCGCCAGAUCAAGGAGAAGCUUUGCUACGUGUCGUACGACCUGGAGCUGGACAAGCGCCUGAGCGAGGACACGACUGUGCUGGUGGAGGACUACACGCUCCCGGACGGACGUGUGAUUCGGGUGGGCAGCGAGCGUUUCGAGGCCCCCGAGUGCCUGUUCCAGCCCCAUCUGGUAGACAACGAGUCGCCGGGUCUGGGCGAGUUCCUGUUCAACACGAUCCAGUCGGCCGACGUCGACAUCCGAUCGUCUUUAUUCAAGGCGAUUGUGCUGUCCGGUGGCAGCAGCAUGUACCCGGGCCUGCCGUCGCGACUGGAGAAGGAGCUGAAGCAGCUGUGGCUGACGCGGGCGCUGCAGGGCAACCCCGAGCGCCUGGACAAGUUCAAGGUGCGGAUAGAGGACCCCCCUCGACGAAGACAUAUGGUUUUCCUGGGCGGAGCGGUGCUGGCCAACAUCAUGGCGGACAAGGAGAGCAUGUGGGUGACCAAGGCCGAGUGGGAGGAGCAGGGCUCACGGGUGCUGGAGAAGCUGGGCCCGCGAUAAACGGUGGAAGCUGCGGAAAUUUCAGACGAGGAGAGGGACUUGUGAUUUGAGCUUAGGGUCGAGUAGCCAGCAAGAAAAGAGGUCACGAUUACAGGUGUGCUGUGGAUGUCAUGAUGGGCGUGUGAGGCGUUGUCAGUACGGGUUAGACCUGCUUCUGAACAGGUGUCGGUCUGUAAUUUGCAACAGUCAGAAUGGCAAUUCAAGUGGGAGAGGGAAGAGAAAGCAAUUCCAAGA